AUGAACAAAGCUUUGAAUAACAAAGUCUUGUCUGGUCAUGCCUUUCGUAACCUAACCAUGAAAUCGAUUGUCGAAUGUUUUUUUGCUUGCCUAGAGGAUUGCCUGUGUAUGUCAUUUCAAAUGUGCGAGAAUACAGAAUGUCAGCUGUUGUCAUCCAAUCAAUUCCGAUCACCUUCAACAUUGCUUGCAGUGAUGGGGUGUUCUUAUUAUGACAUGGUACCAAAUUCGGUAAGACCUAUUUAUAUAUUCCUGACACUUCAGCUGUUUCCAAAUCCAAAGUUUCAAGUUUGUAAGUUCACGGCAACCAGGUUUAAUAUCGGUCUUGUUUUUGCUAGCUACUCUGGUUUUUAAGUAAAUGACUGAAAUGACUGUGGAAUUCACGAAUUGAAUUCACGAAUACACAUAAUUUUGUGGUGUUUUUUAUUAUUCCUGAUUCUUUCGCUGUUCCUCCUAAUUACUCAGAAAAAAAAUCAUGAUACAGUCUUUCUUUAUUAAUAUCUUACUGAAUGAUCGAUAAAUUAGUCUAAAUUAUAGUAAUAAUCUGAUCACUUAUAAUGUCUUUUUUACAUUAAAAUAUGCAAGAGCACAGCAGUGCAAUUAAAAACUGGCAUUUAAUUAAUCAGAAAAACAUUUGAAAAGUUUGAGAACUUUUCAGUGCAUGCACAUUUCUUCUGUUUUUACAUCUCUUCAAUCCAAUACGAAUAAAGAAUUAAACUAAACCUCUCAGUGUAGACGAAGUUGCCAAUAGACCUUUCCGGUAAUUACGUCACGACUAACACUGUUUUCAAAUUAGAAACACCUUAAAUGGAAUGGAUCUUAAGUUUGUUUCUCACGAGCUAUGGUCAGAGGAGCAGACUAUCCUUCUUCAACACAUGCAUAAAAAGGAUUUUGACCAAUAAAUGUGGAAAUAAGCUUAAACACGAAAACGAGGCUGAGGGGCCAAGAAAGGCCAUGACCCUCAGCCUCGUUUUCGUGUUUAAGCUUAUUUCCACAUUUAAUAGUAAAAAUCCAAAAUUCUUUUUUAUGCAUGUGUUGACGAAAGAUGUUCUGCUUCUCUGACCACACACAGCCCGUGAGAAACAAACUUGAAAUUUAUUCCAUUUAAGGUGGUCCUAAGUUGCAAACAGCGUAGUUGUGACGCAGUUACCGGAAUGGUCUAUUGUUUGAACGAUUUAGGCACGUCAGAAGCAAGUGGUCCCGAUGGUAUAUCGUUUCAGCUCUUAAACGAGUACGCCGAACAAAUAGCGCCAAACUUAUGAGAUAUCUUCAAGUGUUGACUACAAUAUGGUCGAAAGCAAGCAAUUUGUGUUUUCGAUUUAGUAAUUAAAUCCGCUAUUAUCAUUUAAUAACGGUUAGUCUACGUGACCGACCCUUCGAGGUCAGAAUAGUGGGCCUGUAAAAAAAUAUCAUAGCAAAGAAAAUGCACUCGCUUGUGCAUAAACAUGUCAAUCAAGACGAAAAAAUGUAUUAAGGUUACAUCAUAUGAUAGAUUCCUGUUUCAGAAAAAUGGUCACUGCGUACUCAAUUUUUUAGUUACGUUUCUCAAAUUUGGUACAUGCAAUGAUAACUAACUGUAGAAGCUACUGUUUUAACCAAAAUUCACCACCUUUUAACCUGUAGUCGCAAUGAAACAUCUUUUGAAAAAUAGCACCUCUUGCGCCACGAGAUUUAACGACAGACCGUUUAACUCAGGAGCUCCCAAAAUAUCAUAUUUCUCAUCUCAAAUGUCCAAAGAAGAAAAGUGUGUUCGCAUUAAUUUUUUGACAGCUAUUGUAUUUGCUUUGAUAUAAAGCAGACAACUUGACUUAUCUUGCGCGGGUAUAAGCGGUUGAAGAGAUGCUUCCAAAUUGAAAAAUAAUGCACCAAAUCGAAAACGCGAACACGCUUUUGUUCCUUUAUUAUAUUGAUUAACAUUGUGGUCAAGUUUGGGAAGAAUCGGAUAAAACGCUCUGUCGUUAAACUCUUUUUUGUCGAGGAGAUUGGGUAAUUUUGCUUUCUCUUCAAACGACGAUUUAAGAUUUGACGAGGUUUCCACUCUUUCUGUCAUUUUCUCCGCCCCCAAUGUUAAUCCACUUGUGACCUCGUGCGGUUAACCAAUCACAAACAACCAAACUUCAAUAGUUUUUGGCAAGGUGUUUAUCACAUUUAUCUUUAUAGAAUUAUAGUCUAUAGACUACAAAACGCAAACGCAGUAGAAAAGUCACCGAAGCCAACAUCGCACAUAGCUUGAACUACGAGAGAUUCUGUAAAUACUAUAUUGUAAGCCUUCUAAUGUUGUCGCAAUGAUAUAUGCCUCCGAACAAUAACAAACGGCUUAUACUUCAGUGAAUUUCACACCUUGAUAUUUGACUCCAGCAAAGUUCAAUCAUAAUUACAAGUUUCCCCUAUAUCUCGGUCGCUUUUUAACAUAUUCUUUAAAAAGUUGCUGGAAUUGAGAGAUAUAUCAUUACUUAAUAUGAAUAUAUAAAAAAUUUUUUUUGACAAAAUCAGAGUUUCAUCAUAUAAUGUAACCUUAAUAAUUAGUUUACAGUCAAAAUACAAAAAUCUUCCCACUUCCGCAACUUGGAUUGUAUGAUUCGGCUUGCGCGCUUGCUUUUAAUUUCAAUUUUGCUUAAAAAUAGUUCGAUGAGUAAGCAGCGUUGACUUGCAUUUUUUAUUUCAAGGUUGGGUUAACCAAUUCUGCUUCAUGCACUCCCGGAUGCCGUAAAAAUCCAUGCCCAAAUGGCACAAGUUAUGUUACACUCACAUCUACAGAUUACACAACACCUCGUUAUAAAUGUCUUUGUUCUCCGGGCUACGCAGGAAAUCUUUGUCAAUAUAUUGUCAGAUCAUGUCGUGGUUACACGAAUGGUAAUCGAGUUCCUGGAAAGUACAAGGUGUUUGACGAUAACAUGAAUCUCUUUGAAGUUUUCUGUGAUUUUGAUUUGAAUUCCACCAUGACAUGGACACUGGUUCAAUCGUAUGAACAAAGAGUUAAAUUGAAAUUCAAAUUCGAACCCUACUCUGUGGAUUUCCCUAUAAACCAAGAUUCUCCUCGCUCGGAUUCGUAUCGUCUUUCAAAAUCCAGAAUGCAAUCCAUCCAAGAUGACUCCAGUAAAUUUCGCAUUACAUGCAAGUAUGAUACCGAUGGUCUAGUCUACCGUGACUAUCUUCAGGCGACGAAAAAGAAAAUCGAUAUUCUAACCGAUAUUCUAAGUGACACACAUUGCCCUUUAGUAGAACUGAUUGAUGUCCGAGGUCAAAGCUGUUCCAACUGUACUGCAUUUCUAGUUCAAAAGAAUUAUAUCUUGCACAGUGAUUCCUUUAACGCCGCGAAUAAAGGCUGUCAAUUUCGGCCAACUGGAGUUAAACGCUGUACAGACCCGUACACAGAAGACAACUUUGGUUACUAUGGUUGUAUCAAUACGGCACACCGAUGUUCAUCCUCUGAGACAGCUACAACUCAAACCUGGCUUGGUUCUAAUUGA